CGAUGGCAUCGCAGCAAGUUCACAUCCACGGUUACAGUGGCUGGAAUAGUGUAGGCUGGAAUAGCCUACAGUAGGCUGGAAUAGCCACCGUGGUACAGUGGCUAUUCUAGCCACUGACCACGGUGUUCACAUCCAUCCUUCCUCCAUGUUCACAUCGAACACGGAGGAAGGAAAGGUCCUUCCUCCGUGACAUCGAAGCUUGUGAGCGAGCUUGAGUGCGUGUUCAUUAGGUGAUCUGUAUUCAUCGAGCAGGGAGAAAUGAAGACAGUGGUGCGUCGUGAAAUAUUUUAUUUCCCACACAUGCAAUCACCGAGAAUUUGUGUGCGAGUGAUAUCGUCAGCGAAAGGGGGACUCUGAAAGUGACACCGGCGAGCUACCAGUCUUCAGCGACACCAGCUGCUUGGAAGAAAAAGUGCGAUUGGAAACUAUUUUCAUUCACCAAGUGUACGUGAGGUGCUGGCACCAGUCCAGAAAUGGCUUCCUCCAACCACAUCGUGGACGAUUUUGAGAACUCUUUUCAGGCAUGUCUGGCUGCAGUCACAAAUCCAGAUUACUUCUAUGUUCGUGACUCAGAAGAAGUAAAAACAGGAGUAGAGCAGACCAUACAGCGGUUCCUGGAUGCUGCUAAACAGAUGGAAAGUUUCUUCCUUCAGAAGAGGCUUGUACUGUCGGCUCAGAAGUCAGAGCAGAUGGUCAUGGAGGAUAACACAGAGCUCAAGAAUGAGCUGGCCCGCAAAGAACAGCUGCUGCAGAAAUACAAUGAGAAAAUUCACUAUUGGCAAAGCCUACUGAAUGACACAGCUAACGCAACAGGACAGCAGCCACAGCCACUGCCACAAGCACCACAGGGAGGCGGAGCACAGCAAGGCAUGCCUUCACAGAACCAGCAGUCUAUGCCUAUGGGCGGGGCAGCGCAAGGCCUGCCAGGUCCACUAGCCUACUUGGAGCGGACCACAUCCAACAUUGGCAUGCCUGAUCCCAGGAGAUGAAGGCUGGUGGUACACCGAAGGGACUGAAGCCAGAAGCUAGGAGGGGAAGGAACAUCCGCGCAUGCGCCUGCGGCGGGAAGAAUGGUGGCAACGCCUGACACGCCGGCUCGAGCGGCGCCAGCCCGCCUUGCGCACACUCGCACGCACGAAUGAGCGCUCUUUCUCGUCUCACAAUCACCGAGGCUUCAAGCGCCGCCGCCGUUUUGCGCUUCGUCGUCAGUGAGGCAACCGCAUGGGACGAUGGUCGAGCUAAAAUGACAAAAUUCAGGGCAAAAUUUCUAGGUUGUUGAUGGCAAAAAUUUUUUAUAUAAGGGUUGUCUCUCGCUGCCGAUUAAUAGAUGUCACAAAUACAUCUGCAUCUAUGGAGUAACGGCGGGGAAUAAGAAAAAAAUCGUAAUAUCGAUGAAUUUGUUGUAUACAAAUUUGUUAUAGGCAGGUUUAACUGUUUAAUAAAAUUCAAGCCAGUUAUAGCCAAUUGCUAAAGCCAUUUAAAACAAUAUUCAUGUGCCAUAAAGAUUACAUUUUUAUAAUUGGGUUGUGUGGAAAAAAGCUAUAAAGCUGUUGGGGGACACUGGCAGAGCUGCUGGUACUGUACUUUACCAGUGCCCCUCCACAAUUCUUCCUCGACUGCAGAUUAUGUUAGCUCGUUUAAAACUAAAAAAAGGCGACCUUACCUAAUGCAUUACGUCGGACGCACAGCUUUAUUAAGUGAAGAACAUAUCUAAAAUAAAGCUCUAAGCAGAUGAUUGCAUUCUCUGUCAAUUCCAUUGACGAUCAUUACCAUCCUGCACAAUCACUCAUGUCUUUUAGCAACUGGCGUGACAUGAGGUAAAUGAACGUUCACCGCAUUUAAACAGUUGCGACAUCUUUUAUCAAUUGGCGCAACCCCUUAUGACUAUUCUCUACAAAUAUUUAGGAGCAAUUCAAACAGAACAUUUCUCAUAGACUCGCCGUAUUGAUUAUUUAUGCAGUAAUGCGCUAAAAAAUUAAGUCAUUUGUAGAGCACUUUACCUAACACCCCUUGAGCAAAUGGUACUGAACUGCUUUUAUAUAAAGCACUCAUUCGCCCCAUUCUUGAAUACGCAUCCGCAGUCUAGUUCCCUUACAAACGUCGCAAAAUAAGCUUUCUAGGUAACAUUCAGCGAAAAUCUAUCCGUUUUACUUUUCAUAGCUAUGUAUAGCCCCAAAUUCUCCUCGACCUCAGUCUUUCAAUCAUUAAUUCCAUUACAACUCUUGUGAUACCAAAAUGAAGCUUUAACAUUUUUAUACAGAAUCAUUAACUCCUUCUCCGGCCUUUCUGAUGAUAACUUCAUCACAUUUACUGAUGAAAGUUGUACUCGUAGUUGCCAGGCUUUGAACAUCAUAACACCUUUCUUGUGUACUAGAACUGUGGAACGCCCUGCCUGGCAAUAUUCGCUCCUCAUCACUAAAAGACUUCAUAGUAGCUGUCAAUGAACAUUUUACUAACGUGUAAUCACCUUAAUUUUCACUUUUACUAUGUUGCGUGUGUACUCGCAUCACCGUUUGUAUUCUUUGUUUGAAUUUUUUUUCUGCUGCAUGGAAUUAUAUAAUGUCCCACUCCUGCUACAGCUCUGAAUAGGGCUGCAGUAUGUAUAGAUAAAAAAAAUAAAACCCUCAAGUUUUCAUGUGC